UUUAAUUUAAUUAAGGUGGACAAUGUAUCGGCAGGUGUUCUGUGACAUCGUGGUGCGAGAUGGCGAGAUGGUGUGCGUGGAGCUGGUCGCGCGAGGGCGGGGUGGCAGCGCCCAGGCGGUUAUCUUCCUCGGCUCCAUCCGAUACGACACGCUCACCAGGGUCUACGACUCUAGGCAAACUUCAUUAUCAACUAAAGUAGCCCAGCGCAUGUCGUUUGGUCUACUGGGCAGCAAGACAGCAGCUCGCUGUGAGUUCGUGCGCAUGAAGGGCCCGGGGGGCAAGGGACACGCGGAGAUGGCAGUGUCGAGACCGCGGGGGGCGGGGGUCGACACCCCCACGUCUGAGCCCGGCCUGGCCGCCACAGACAUGUGGGAUAGUGACUGGGAUGAGGACCCCGAGGAGCUGUUUGUGUAUCGACAUCAGCGUCGUCUGAGCGACCCCAGCGCCAACAUUAACAACUUCACUCGCAGCGGGUGGCGCACCAAGGACAACCGGGACAAGAGCCGCUCCGAGAACGAGGGGCUCGACUCCAUGGUCAGCGGGGUCGCGGAGGUCGAGGCCGGGGACCUCAGGGACGAGCUGGACGCCGGGCUGUACAACCCGCUGUGGGCCAUGCGGGGGUUCUCGCAGACCUUCCACUUGUGGAAGGAGGGCAAGAGGCAGAGCUCCUCGCCGCUCAACGCCUUCCUGACGUACGUGACGCUGCCCUGGUGGACUAUCGCCAAAGAUAUUCUCGACCAUCGCGAAGAACCGAUCUUGACGUUCUAAGCAGCUCGGCCGCGACACACGAGGCCGCGGCGUGUCGUCCAACAGGAGCACGACGAGCCAGUACUCGCUCUAUAACCGACAAAAUCACAGGAACUUGUAUGACUACCCAGUUGCAGUUUGUUUCCGUUUCUUCCAACGGACUUUCUGAAUUAUUCCUUAAGAUAUUAUUUCCCAAUAUGCACGUCUCGUAUGUUAUGUUCGCGCAGUCGGGCGUGCAUUGUACAAACAAUAUUGAGCUGUGAACGUAUUUGUGAUCGUGUAAUGAUGCUACCUCAUAAAUGUUGUGUGUUCAUUGUACAAAUGUAUUGUACUGUCCGAUAACAGAAGUAUAACAAGGCAACAAAAUACAAAAACAUUGAUUUGGUGAGACGGAGUGCACCGCAGUGGCUCUGCGAGUAGUUCGCGCGCCGUCGCCUAGAUGGCGCUUAUACCAAUAUUGAGAAACUAACAAAAUGUGUUAAAUGGUUAUUGAAUUAAAUAUACAAUAUUCCAUGACUGAUAUUCUAGUCGACAUCGGUGAUUGUGUACACGUAAGUUGAUGAUAUUAUAAUGUAACUUAUUAUGUAAUAAAUACGCUUAGAAUUUUUUUGUCGUACUCGAUAUGGUAUACCGAAUAACAUUUGUAAACAAAAAUAAAAUAUGUGUUUAAAAUUCAAAAGUAAAUUAGAAAGAAUUGUAACGAACCGCAUUUGAUUUGUUUAGUUUUAUUUUGAAAUCGUUGGAAUGCAUGAGGCCUCAGCAGUAACCGCAUCAUCUGAUUUAAUGAAUACGUCUCGUUCUGAGUGCCCGGUACAACAUUACUAUUGUAGUGCAAUCGAUUGCAAUUGUAUUUAAGCUUGUGUUGUAUUGUUCCCCUAAAAUCCGUUAUAAAGCGUGGUGUCCGCCCCGGGGGAGGGGGACUGGUUUGUGGGUGUCCGCCCAAUAUUGGAAUACACAUUCGAUGUGACAAUGUGUCGAGAUAUAAGUAUGCCGAGUAUCAAAACGUGACGCCAUUCUAAACUUUGAAAACGUUACGUUACGGAGGUGGGCGCGUGGACUGUCCAGUUUGGAUUUUGCUUAAGUUUUUAAAUUCAAUACAUAAUUUUGAUUAAUAUUAAGAACAUUUUGAAGAUCUCGAAAUCUCUUUAGUUUUUUUUUGUAUUAUGAAGAAUCAAAAUUUCAAAAUUUUGUUGCUAUUUCUACUACUUUAUAUUGCUACCCUUUCAGGACCAAUACACCUCAGAAUUAUAAAAUUUGCAGUCAACGUGCAUAUUAAUUUGUAUUUAAAAUCUAAUCCAAGUAGCCGCGACCACGCGAGCUGCGGCGGGAUGAGGUGACUGUGUGAUUGAAUAAAGUGAAUUGUAAUUAACUUUAUUUGGCAUAUAAUUUUGUUAUACUUUUCCAAUUUCCCAACCGUUCUUAUAUA